UUUUUUUACGUCUUUAUUUGUUUAAAUAUUGUAAAAAAGAUGUUAUAAACUGCUGGCUACUGGCUAUAAACUAACCAGUGACUAAAGUUAACGUGGUAAACGCACAGCAGCAAAUAUUCACAAUGACAGCUCAAAGUCCUUUGAUACAGUUAUUGAUCAGAAGUGUGUGUCUUAUUGCAGAGUCGAUGUUGGUGAAGUCUCCAGGUUCACUAUCAAACGGCAUGUGGCGCUGUGAGGUAAAUACCUAUCGGCUAUCUGCAGGCUGGAUAAUCCCUGAGAGCAGAUUAGAGCCGGGAGGAGUCGCCACGACGACACUCCUGAGGAAACAUCUCACUCUUCGUGGUCCAGGAACAAGACCACUCGGAGACACACAGAUUUUAUUGUGAAGGAGUCCACUGCGUCUUUUGAUUUGCUGAUUGAAAGAAGUUUUCAGAUAGUUUGAACAAAUGUCCUUCAUUGCGAACCUUUUACGCUUUUAUUGUGAAGCUUAAAACAACAUUUGUGCCACCUACAAAAAGGGCUUUCACUUUCACCUAUUUUUCAGUCUUUGUAAGGAGGACUCCUGGCUGAGGACUAUUUUUACUCUGGUUUUAUUUCCGAAAAACGACAUUGAUUUUAAGCUGUGUGAGAUUGUGUAUUUCAUGUUCGUACUUUGAAGGACACCUUUCAUGGAUUCAAAAUUCAGGAGGACCUUUUACAACUGAAAGUUGAUUGGACAUUUAUUGUGAAGCUGACUAGAAAUACACCAAAAAAAGGGGGUCUUUAUAUGAUCUCUGAGGCUUUUAUUGUGAAAUGACAUACACGAUGUGAUCUGUCUUGUAGUUGCGCCAGACUUCGAACUGAGGAAAGGAUGAUUCCCUAUGUGGAGUGUCUUGGCGGGGAGGGGGCGGGGCCUGUCGUGACAUCACGCUGCUGGAACGGCGGCGCCGACGAGGAGCAAGACGAGCUGCUUCCUCGCAAGAUGGCUGCCCUGAAGCCGAAGACGGAGGGCAGCCUGCGCCGUCGCCUCCUCAGCGCCAAAAUCCACCAGCACCACGACGCCAUCCUGGGCCUGAGCGCGGGUGGUGCCUGCGGGCUGGCGACGCCCACUGGUGAGAGGAAGCCCCCGCCACCUCACAACCAAAGUCCAGGCACCAGCCCGUGGUACCGCCGCCAGCAUCCCCCCCCCCACAGCCAACCCUCUCUUGCCCCAGAGACUCAUGGGAAACCAAACCAGCUAACCCCCCCCCCUCUUCAGCUGCCACGCUCAACCUACCCGGUGCUCCCCCCGAGGGGCCGGACAGGCUCCUGCCCCCCCAACCCAGAGCCCCGACCCGGCUACACUCUGCCCGGCCCGUCCCGCUUCGGGGAACAAGAGGUACCAUCGCAGUACCAAUAUCGCCCCAGCGGGAGGCGCCGUGCCGGCCUCUUCUGCUUCACAUCCCAACGUGGGCGGAGCUGUGGACCAGAGGCCACGCAGGCCACGCCCCUCCUACACAGAGCAGGCGAGCCGGACAGCAAGUGGUCUGUUCACUACACUACCCAGAAGCCCCAGCGGGGUCUGCUCUUCAUCCCUGCUAACGACCUGCAAGGUCAGAACUCACCAGGGAGCAGCCUCUCAGCAUGUAGCGUGCUGACUCAACACUGCUGCAGCCGACCACAUAGCCCUCCGAGCCCCCCCCCUUUCCCACGCAGAGGGUGGAAGGACAAAAGCAGGAGGAUGUCCUCAGCUUUCUCCGAAGAAGACGAACACUUCGUCUUGACCAACACGCAACCUUUGACCCCCCUGUUACUGAACCACGCCCACAGCGCCGCGUGUUGGGAGGUCUUUGGCUCGGCUGGCGAGCCAACAGCCAAUCGAGAUGCGGAGCAACUAGUGGACCAGGAGGUGGAGCAAAAGAUCCCACGGCUUCCAACGCCGGAGGAGAGGAUGAGGAAGCAGGCGGAGACGGUUGCCGCGGAUAUUGUCCCGAUCAAUAUAUCAGGAGAAAGUUUUGAUCGUCAGGCCAGUUUUAGAAAAGUGGCCUCCAACACCGACACGUUGUCCCGGCGACCCUGCAACCUGAACCGCCACAAGACGGUUACUGGCAUACUGGAUGAUGUCAUCCGCGACCUGGACACGCCUUUGGAAUCUGCGGUUCUUCCGGAACAGUUCUCCACUGUUGGUCAACCUGCCGCCUCCUCCUCCUCCUGCACCUGGGAGCGGAGUUUGAAGGUCACAGAGGAAGGGCCUUCAUUAGUAAGGAGGAUCCGAGCCCCCAGAAGUGGAGGGCUGUCCAGCCUCAUGGCCUCGCUCACAUCCGGCCCACCUGUCGACUCCUCCUCAGAGCUCCAUGGCCUGGUGGUUGCCUCCGCUCUGACCUCCGAGGCCUCCUUCAGGACACACAGCGCCUCUUCAACCUGCAUUCAGGAUCUUCAUGGUUUCCCCAGUGACCUCCAGCCCAUGGUGGCCUUGAACCCCAAAGCCAGAGUCAUUCCCCAGGCCCCUUGUUCCUCUUCUUGCUCCUUCCCCUGCUCCUUCCCUUGCUCCCCCACCUCCUCCUGCCUCACCACCACCCCCAGCCGAGCUCCUGAGUUGGAAGAGUCUCACCUCAGCGACAGGUCCCAGAAUGAGGCUUAUCCUAGUUCCUCCUCCUACUGCCUCUCCUCCUCAAUCCCACAGUCUCAGUUUAGCCUCCAGGCUCCGGAUGACCAAAUCCCUCCCUGGCAGGACCCCAGAGACUUCCAGGCGGGUCAGAACCACCAGGCCUCCUCCUCUCUGAGCGUAACCUCGUCUUCUCCCGUAAGAUGGGAAGGCAGGAGUCACAGUACCUCCUUCCCUUGCUCCCGUUCAGCCGGCCGCAGGAUCUCGCUACGCAAGUCUACCAGACCGCCGCCGCCACCGUUGCGUUCAGACUCUCUGAGGCGCCGGCCAGGUCGUGUCAAACCUCCCCGCUCGUCCUCCUCCUGUCCCCGGCUUGAGCGAAGCCCCCCCAAUGACCCCAUCAUGCGAUAUGGGCUGUCACCCAAGACCUUUCACGACCCCUGGGUGCAUCGGGGGAACUCAAAACGACGCCAGAGCGGCUUCAACUGUGGUACUGUGACGACCUUUGAACCUCUUAUCCCGGACUGCCAGACGGACACAGCUGAGUGUCCUCCACUAAGCCCCGCCCAGUCACAAGACCACAUCACAAUGUCUUUACCAUCAAGCCCCGCCCACUCACAUAGCCACUCUCCCACUCCUCCAGGCUCAGAUGAGGAGGGGAUUAGGUUCACCCCCAACCCCUCACCAGCAUCCUCCUCAGUGGCUGAGCUUCAGCGCCUCACCUCGCCUUCCAGCGGCUACUCCACCCAGUCCAACACUCCCACUCCUGGCACUCCCAUCUCCUCCCCCCUUUACCCCCCCUCCCCCAGAGCCUUCUCCCCCCCCCCUGUCUACACCUCUGUGUGUAGGACAACGUCUAGGGGUGAAGGGAAGCCAAAGCCUCCAGUGCCUUUAAGGAAGUCCUCCCUUGUCUCUCCCCUCUCCUCCUCAUUUUCCUCCACCUCCUCCCUAUCCCUAUCUUGCACCUCCUUAGACUCUUCUUCAAAACGUCCGCUUCCUCCUCCUCUUCCACAGUGUUCCUCUCCUUUGCCUCCAGUCUUCUCCUCCCACAUUCGCAAGUGUCCUCCUCCUGCUCCUCCUCUUCCUCAGGCAAGCCUGCCUGCUAACUCCUUCACCAAACUCUUUGCUUCUCCUCUUCCUUCAUCUUCCUCUCAUCGUCCUCUCCCACCUCCCCCACCGCUCCCACCCUCUUCCCUUCCUUUACCUCCUCUUCCACCUCCUCCUCCUCCUUCAUCUUUUACACCUCCUUAUUUCCUACCCUCAUCCCUCCCGCUACCUCCUCCACCUCCUCCUCCAUGUUUAUCUCUUCGUCCUCCACCUCCUCAUUUCAUACCCUCAUCUAUCCCUCUACCUCCUUCUCCAUCGUUAUCUCUUCCUCCUUCUCCACCUCCUCCUCUCCCACCGUCUUCUCGCCCUCCCCCUCCUCCCUACUCCUAUGCCAUUAGGCAGACUUCCCAUUCUGAUUUGUCUUCAUCAACUAACUUCCCUCCACCUCUUCUACCUCCCGUUUCAGAACUCUCUGCACUGCCAUUGGCUGAACUUUCACCCCUACCAGCACCUCCUCCCCUCCCUCCUGUUCCUUACCCCCCUCUCAAUGCUCCUUCCUCCCGCUGCCACCCUUUGAUCACCCCCCAAGCUUUGCAGGGCAUCAGGCUUCGCUCUGUAAAGAACUGCCAAGGCCCACACACUAGCGCCAUGCUAACCCAUACUACUCAGCCUCGGUCAGCUAUUGCUAACCCAGGUAAUGCUAGCAAUGCUAGUACCGUCCAUGCUCCACCAGGCAGAGAAGCUUUUCCAGAUAGUGCUGUGUUGGCUAACGUUGCUUUUGGUAGUAGCAAAGCUAGUCCUUUAAUAGAUAAUGCUAAUGCUAUCCUGGCAUCCCAUUGUAACUACUACAGCCAAACAUAUAGUGACAAUACACAGGGCUUUCCAGCUAGCACCGCUCUUAGGAGGCCCUCUGUGCCCCGGCCAAUCAAUGACAAAACUCAAUCUAUUGGUUACGACGAACCAGAGAGGAUGGAAUCCAUAAUUUAUGCUUCACUGUUAAGUCCCGAGAAAAAGCAGAAGAACUCAACGACCCAACAUUCGUCUUUACAAGAGCAGAUCACAGCUCCGGUGUUUGUCGAUGCAGUACUAGCUGAGGCUAUGAGGAAACCGGGAAACGCAGACGCUGCUUAUUGGACCUUCUCUGGUACAAGUGAACAAGAUGGGACUUUACUUCUGGAGAGCAGAGAGGCAUCGAUAGAGUGGAGCGAUGAUUCUACAUCCUUCAGUGAGAUGAUCCUGAGUAAUGGGGUUAGCGGGACAGUUCGCCCAGUUGGACUCCACCCCCAAGAGAAGCCCACGCUGCUAAGGAAGCCGGAGCAGUGCGUCUUUGGACGAGGACAGAGGAUCUGUGGACAAAUCACACCGUCUUCUCCUAGGCUCAUCUGCCAAUCACGGCUUCCCGCUGAUUCCUUCUGCUCACCUUUGACCUGCCCCACUUGCCCGCCACAGCACCUGGUCCACACAGCCUUACCUGUCAACACAACACCUGAUGACAUCUCCACGCGCCCACCUGUCAGUUCUCCUCGCAGACAGAAGCCCCCGGUUCUUAACAAGAAGCCAAGUCUCUCACCCAAAACCCUCAAACAACUCUCUGGGAUCCCGUGUUUAACGGACACCGCAAGGUCUACAAGAACCAUGGGUACCUUAAAGUACCCUGGAACACCGGGAACCACAGAGACCAGUAGCACCCUGGAAGGCAUAGGUAUCUAUGGGAGUGGUGGAUCCUUAGAGACUAGUAGCACCAUGGGGACCAUGGGUAUCUAUGGUAAGCGCUCAGAGAAAAAUAGCACCCUGGGAAUCACAGACCCCUGGAUUAUCAACACAAUUCCUCACCAGGAAGCAGAGGCUUUGCUCUACACAAGCUUGAUGAGAUCAUUGCUGGCUGGAGACAAAGACGAGAAGGAGACAGUGGACGAGAGAGGGAUGGAGUCACCAAUGAUGAUGACGAUAAUAUCCACCAGGAAAAAAAAGGCCAAGAGGAGGAGGAGCUCAGGUAGGCCUCUGCUGAUGAUAUCAUCCCCAAGGCCUUCCUCCUCCUCGUCUUCCACACCCACCUCAUCUGCAUCCUCAUCUGGAGAUGAAGGAGACGUGAAUGAGAGAACCCGUUGGAGCACGAGGACGAUGGCACGCAACCCCAAGAGCUCCCGUGCGGUGAUCGGUUGGAGCAAGUCAUCCCCCCAAAAACAUCUGGGGACGGGGGGGUCGCUCCGAGACCUUCAGAUCCACGAGGAAAAGGAGACAGAGCGAGGAAACAAGGAGACAGAGAAGAGCAAAGAGGCAGGAGAGGAUCACAUGUUCGAGUCCAGUCCAAUACAAACCACCGAGGAUCUGUUCAAGGUCAUCCACAGAUCCAAGAGGAAGAUGUUUGGAAGACGAGAUUCAGAAGAAAACCGACAUCCGACUCCCUCCCUCACCACCCCUCGGCCUCCUCUUCCCAGGCCUACCGCGGCUCCCAGAGGUCAAAGGUCAGACAAGAACGAGAGCUUCAAGCUCCUCUUGCUGAGGAAAGGGAGUCGGUGGGAUUCGUCUUCUCGGAAAUCAGCUGUUGAGCGACUUUGCAAACUUGCUUCUUCUGAGACUCCUGCUGUCCUCCAAAGGGCGACGCCCACAUCGAUGACGUCAUCAAUGAUGUCACAGAUGACGCUGCCGGGUACACGCAAUCUUAAUGGCCUCCUCACUCAGAGCCGGAACAUGUCCACAAUCGGGUUUGGAUGGGGAAAGAGAGUUCAGAAGCAGAAUCACCUCCUCUUCCUCUCCUCAUCCUCACAGCCUCGUUCCCUCAAUCCCUCCUGCUCCCCCCGCUGCCGCCUGAACGCCACCCCGAUGAUGGGCAUCUGUGAAGCAGGAAGCGAGGAGGAGCGAUGAUUAUGUGGAGGCUCUAGGAACCGAAGGGGAAAAUCUUCUACUGAUCCGGUCACAUGUUCCACUGUCCCAAAAGACUAGACUAGACUCAACUGGACUAAACUAAACUUAACUAAUCAAGGCUUGACUAACUCGAAUGAAAUCUACUGGUUUGAAGUAACACAGAACUGGACUCAACUGGACCACUCUAAACCUGUCCCAAGCACUGGACAGGUUGGAGCGGACCCGACUGAAGUUACAGUUACACUUAACAAUGUUAAUUAACUUUAGCUUGAAUAAUCUUUGUUAAUACUUUUAAGUGAAUGAGUCAGAAUUUGAGCUCCGUGUCUUCUGUCUGACCAACAGGGAGGGAAUGUUGGCAUUAAUAAUGACUAUAGGGAAUAAUAUUAAGUAAUUUUUAAAGCUAGAAACAAUAAGUGACGUAGAUUGUAUAUGAACACUAUUACCUUGUUCCAGUUGGUUGUUUGUUAACAAAGUGGUGGACAGAAAGAUGAAUAAAUAUUAUAGUAAACAGUG